AUGGACAACGAAGGGCCCCACAGCAACGCAGGGGUCGGCUGCAGCAGAGACGGUGGCAGCGGGACCCGAGGGCCCCGUGGCAAAGCAGGCGGCGAUCACACUGGCAUCAAGAGCGGGGGCAGGAGCGGCGCCGGGAGGCGACUGGUCCGCGCCAAGCUUCUGGUGGCCGUCUCUCCGGAGGGAUACGAGGGAGUACGUGGCCAGCUGCUCGACGUGCGCAGCGGCAAAGGAAGGGAAGGAGGGGAAGGAGAACCUUCGGGGACCCGUCCUGUAAGUGACUCGGCCAUGAACAGUUCGUACACUAUAUUUUGCAGGGAAGAUGUUGUUGCUGAUUUAGUGGAACAGAUUUCUGAGCUGACUGGUAUUAUAGAGCAAUUGCGCCGAGAUCAUCAAGUGACACAUAAACAAUUGGAGAAAGAUAUGGAAGAAAAAUGCAAUGAGAUGCAAGAGGAACAUGAUAAUAAAAUAAGGGAGAUUCAGACAUUUCACAUAGCAGAAGUGAAUAACCUGGAAGAGCAAUAUAAGAAAGAGUUGCGAAACGAGAGGGCAACUGCGCAAGAAAAGCUGGGUACAAUGCAGAAGGAAUACAAAUACCUGAAGAAUGCAUUUCGUAUGUACCAGGAUAGCAUUUCUGAUGAAAUGGAAGAAAAGUGGCUGAGAAGGCAGGCAGAAUGGAAAAAAAGUGAGAGGACUGAGCGGGAGAAAGCAUUAUUGCAACAAAAACAAUCUUUAACAAGGAGAUUUGAGAUGGAAUUAGAGGAGCAGAAGAAGAUUAUUCAGAAAAACAGUUUUUUGCUAGGCAGAGUUUAUGAACAAGAGAGAGAAGAAUUUCAGAAGCAGCACCAAAUUGCCUUGGAAAAUAUAGAAGAGUUAAAUGCCAAAAUCAAGACAUUGGAGAAUGAAUUGAAUGAGAAGAAUGAAACUCUUAACGCUAUUGCUUCAUCUCUUCACAAAACAGAGAUGGAACUUCAGAAGGAGAAAAACAGCUUGGCAGACAUGGAGAAAACUAUCCAACAAAAAGUUGUGGCAGUUGAAGAGAAAUAUCGAAUUAAUAUAGCUUCUUUGACGGAAGAAAACAACAUUUUGAGGCGCAAGCUUAUUGAGAAGAAUGAAGAAAUAUUCAAUGAACGUGCCCAAAAAAGCAGCAUUUUUGGGAUGUUUGAUUAG